AUGUCUUGGACUCAAGUCUCAGAACGCAGAUAUGAGCGCCCAAUCAGUAAAUAUGAAAUGUUCUUCCUUCUUCCAGAAGACGUUUCAGGCGCACUCUUCAAUGGCCGUCGUACAUACACCAUCUUUAGCCGCCUUAAGGUUGACCUUGAUCUGGGGGUCCCACCCCUCGAAAUAGAGAAUGCCCUACGACACGCCUGGAAGCAAGUACGCUAUGAGCAGCCGUCGCUUGCAAUGAUCAGAGAAGAGUCAAAGAAGGUCUAUGAAGUCCCUGACAAAGCCGCUUUACAGGCAUGGCUUGAUAGAACAUUCAUCGUAUCGGAUGAUACCGACAGCGAAUUGCCAGCUCGUGAAGCAAGGCCGAUCGAGCAAGCCACCUUUUACUACUUCCCAAAGGUAUCAGAGAUUGUCUUCCGUGCUCCUCAUUCCGUUAUAGAUGGUAUGGGAACAAUCUUAUUUUGGGAUACCUACCUGACUGCCCUGACCAUUCCCAACCCGAAUAUUGCCUUCGGAGAGGAGGGUAUCCGUCUGUUCCCUAUAAUAGACGAAAUCCUGGGAAUUCCCGAAACACCAUCACCGGAAAGUGUAGAAAGAGCCGCACAGGGAUUAAAUGACUUCGCGAAGGUAGUGCCAGGCAUUGGCCCCAUAAGCCGAACGAACAAAGUACCUCCUACGCUUACGCAAAAGCGCGAAUUGGUCCUUUCCGAAGAAAUAACCAAAGCAAUUAUCCAGGGCUGCAAACGAAACGGGUACACGGUUACCGCAGCUGUGCAUACUGCUAUCAUUUUGACGAUGGCGAAAUAUGCCGAUCCAACACAAACAACCAAAGACUCGAAAUACGUUACAAUCACAGCACAAAACUUUCGACCCAAGCUCCCUGCGCCAUACAAUUCCAGUAAAUGCGCAAUCUCACUGUACCUUUAUGGUUGGCCACUCAUCGUCGACGAACCAGUCACUUCCACCUUCCAGGAGAUUGUGCAAAUCGUUAGCAAACAUUAUAAGACGGUAUUCAAUGAGAAUCCUGCAAAUGUUAUAGCAGGUGGUCCAUUCUUUGACGCGAUAUUGGCUCUUGUGCAAGAUCCGGCAUUUUCUGCUGCGCCUCAUCCCCGUGAUCCUUUAGUAAAUGGUCUUGGUGUUCUUGAGAAUCAUCUGCAUCAAGAAUAUGAUUCUGCAGAUCGGCAUGUCGCUGUCAACGAUUUCAAAUUUAGCUGUGAUGGCACGAUGGGAUAUAGUGGGAUCCAUUUCUAUACAUUCCAUGACAAGUUGAGAGUGGUGUAUGGUUUCAAUGAGGCAUUUGAGGAUGAGUCUGAUAUCCAGAUACACUUGGAGAAUAUACAGAAGGUUCUAUUGGAGGAAGUUGUCGCAUGA